GCAUUUGUUAUCUAGUAAAAAACCUGCUACUGCGUGUGAUGAUUAACGGUGGUAGUUUCAAGACGAUUCGUGUGGAUAGCUUUACCUUGGCGAAACAUGCUUCAUCUCUUGACAGGAGUCGUGUCGAUUGAUUAUCAACGUCGGUUUUAUGGGCGAACUUGAAUGUUUGGGAGAAGGAUGAGGAAAUGUUAUUCCUGUAAGAUCUGACCACACGUUUAUCGACUCAUGUUGUGAUCCACCGCUACCAUGGCUUAUAUAAGCCGACUCGGAUGUGUACUCAUCUUGGCCACUGUGCCUCGUCUUCCUCUGGGAUAUCAUACGACACCUAUUUGAAGAGGGAUACUCCAGAACAGACGCUAUGUCCCACACUGUGACUGCGCCGUGUGUUGGUCCAGGGAUCCUGGAGGUGGAGACAUUGCCUCCGGACUAUGAUGAGUUAGUCAACAAUCAUUACGACUCACUAGCCGAUGGAUUUAUAGGUGCUGACCGUCUUCAUCUGGAAGACCUUGCAUUCGACAUGGCUGACGACGAGGCAUCGAUGGAUUCGGUGCAGCCUUCGUGCCCCGAUUCAGAGGGAAGCCUACACUCUACGCCUUUGAAUGCAUCCAUCGGAACCUAUUCGACGGCGGAUACUAGUCGAAAUAUGGACUCCACUAGGACUUCCCCGGAAAAGUCAUUGCGGCAGUCCAGUCUGGAUAAAACGCUGAGAGAUUCUGAGAACACCUCAGGUUCUGUUGAUGUAAUAGUUAAGGAUGGGGAAGUACCACGUGUUGGUACUCCAGGUAAGCCAUUACCUGUCCUGAACUCGAGGGAAGCGAGGUUAACUCGCCAAGAUAGUGGCACGCAGUGGUCACCCUUACCAAAAUUAUCCAGGAGGUUCCCGAGCUUGAAACUCUCUCGAAAUUUUAACCGGAUAGGGUCUUUACGCAGCCAUGUGUCAGCCGGAUCCACGCCGAGUUUGGCUGAAAGGAGACGCAAAAAUGCCCCCGCUAUCACCAUCACCAUGGACGACUCGGAGAAUGACUCGGCAGUAAGUGAUUACCUGAGCCCCGAAAAAAAUUACAAAAAGGACAACAAAGUCCAGUUUAGUGGGGACGACAAUAGCCUAUAUGGGACCCCGAAAGAGGAUCUACCUCCAUGGGGGGAGCAAAAGCCUGUCAGCUCUGCUGUCUACCUUAGAGAUCAAAUUAUCUCUUUCUUUCAACCUUCGGAUAAUAAACUUGCAAUGAAACUUUUUGGCAACAAAAACGCACUCAUGAAGGAAAAACGACGUCAGCAAGCAGUCGGCAACUGGGUUAUUCAUCCAUGCAGUAAUUUUCGGUUUUACUGGGAUUUCUUCAUGCUCAUGCUAUUGAUUGCGAACCUCAUCAUCUUACCAGUGGCCAUCUCGUUCUUCAACGACGACCUGAGCACACACUGGAUAGUAUUCAACUGUGUCUCCGAUACGGUCUUCCUUAUUGAUCUAAUCAUCAACUUCCGGACAGGUGUGAUUAUGAACAACUAUGGAGAUGAAAUCAUCCUGGACCCGAAGCUAAUAGCCAGGCACUAUCUAAAAACGUGGUUCUUUUUAGACCUGAUCAGCUCUAUACCGCUGGAUUACAUUUUCCUGAUGUUUGACGCGGAAACCAACUUCAGUCAGUUAAUCCAUGCUGGUCGAGCACUCCGUAUUCUUAGGUUGGCCAAGCUGCUUAGUUUACUCCGACUCCUGAGACUGUCCAGGCUGGUCAGAUAUGUUAGUCAGUGGGAAGAGUUUUUAAACUUUGCUGGUAUGUUCAUCCGUAUCUUCAACCUAAUCUGCUUGAUGUUACUUCUCGGCCAUUGGAAUGGCUGCCUCCAGUUCCUGGUGCCCAUGUUACAGGACUUCCCCGCCAAUUCGUGGAUCUCAAUUAACGAGCUCCAGAAUGCUUACUGGUGGGAGCAAUACACGUGGGCCCUCUUUAAAGCACUGUCACAUAUGCUAUGCAUUGGAUAUGGACGCUUUCCACCCCAGAGCUUGACUGACGUCUGGCUAACCAUGGUUAGCAUGCUAACUGGAGCAACAUGCUAUGCACUUUUUGUCGGCCAUGCAACAACACUUAUUCAGUCAUUUGAUACAUCAAAAAGGCUUUAUAGGGAAAAGUUCAAACAAGUCGAGGAGUACAUGGCUUACAGGAAGUUUCCACGGGAACUCCGUCAGCGAAUCACUGAUUAUUAUGAGCAUCGUUAUCAGGGCAAAAUGUUCGAUGAGGAGAACAUAAUGGGAGAACUGUCCGAGUGUCUUAGAGAGCAAAUCAUCAACUUCAACUGUCGAGCUCUCGUAGCAGCAGUACCUUUCUUUACCCAUGCUGACCCGAACUUUGUGUCAGAAGUCAUCACCAAACUCAAAUACGAGGUUUUUCAACCCAGUGAUAUCAUCAUAAAGGAGGGAACCAUUGGGACAAAAAUGUACUUUAUUCAGGAAGGCAUUGUAGAUAUCAUUACCAAGGAAGGAGAGGUCGCUACUAGUCUCUCAGACGGAUCAUACUUCGGAGAAAUCUGUCUUCUCACUAACGCCAAACGUGUCGCCAGUGUCCGGGCUGAGACUUACUGCAACUUGUUCUCGUUGUCUGUUGAACAUUUCAAUUCAGUGUUAGAACACUACCCUGUGAUGCGGCGAACUAUGGAGACAGUGGCAGCGGAAAGACUGAACAAAAUAGGGAAGAAUCCGAGCAUGGUGAGCAGUCGCGCUGACCUCGAGGAAGAUGUACAUACUGUGAAUGAGAUAGUGUACUCGGCCACCCCUAUGGGGAGUGGGUCUGACGAAAGUAUUGACAGUAUAGGGUCUGGUAAGGAUAAACUCGAGAAGGAUAUGAAAAAAUCUCGGUCGAAUUUAUCUAUAACGAGUGUGAUAUCAACGAGGAAGGAUAGCGGUGGAAGCGACAAGGAGAAACUGGUCUCUAAGGACAGCAUCAAGAGCUUGAAGGAGAAGCUCAUGGGAAAGGAUAGUAAGAUACUCGGUGGCCAUAGGAAAGACAAGGACAAGUUGACGGCUAAGGAUAGCAAAGGUUCUGAGAAGGAGUGCAAAAGUGAGAACAGGUUGACUGUUUGUGAUAUCAGGGGUACAGUCGGCGAGAGUAAGAGUGUUGGUAACUUAGACACUGUCGGGAGAGAUGUAGCUACAUGCACAAUCGCAGAGGAACAGGACAAACCUGCGGCGGGUUUGAAUAGUAACCACGAUAGAUUUGGACCAAAUCGCAGUAAAAGCUCAGAAAACAUUGAAUCUAUAGUAUAGUGAUAGCCGUCUCGUUUCCUUUUGCUGAUCAGCAAUAACUGUAGGAAGAAGAUUAUCAUUGCUCAAAAACAUGUAUGUGAUCUGAUUAGAAUGCUAACUAAUUUAACCUAUUAUUGACUAAGUUGCCAUAGAGAGAUUGUUUGUGUAUGAACCCUAGUGAUUCACUAUUUUAUGCAACUGUUAGUGGAUGCAAGGAGACUCCGUACAAAAUGCUAUGAUUGCUAAGAUUGUCUUCCGCGUGGAGUAAAACAAACUGUCGUCAAAAAGUGCGUAAAGGUUUUUUGUUUUGAACUUGACUUAUCGUGUUCGAGGAUGAAAUAUGACCAUUCUCUGAAAAGUCUUAUUAUUUUUAUCAUUUUCUCAAGCUACAUAGCGCAUAAUUUGAACAUAGCAUUUUGGAGGAUGGCUCUCCAUGUGUUUAUACAAGGUUGUCUUUUAUGUAACAUCAUGUUAUUUACCUGUUACCUCGCAGGUAAAAAAAUUCAGAGCUAGCCCACUACAUGGUCUUUUGUCCUUAGACCAAAGCCCACUCGCACCUCGGCCUAAAUUCCCAUUGUUCCACUUCCUUAUCAAAGGGUUAUCAGAAUAGAUCUUGAUAACAUCGCCCCCCCCCACGAAACAGCUUGCAUGGGGGUCGAUAGGCCGAAAUUGGCAAAGGUAAAUAAAUGUUAUGCGUGUGAAAACAAGGAAAAAGCGAAAAAUGUUGUUACUGUGUCGUUAUCACAAUCAUGUUCUUGACGUACUGUCGCGGUUUUUGUUAAGGACAUGUUUCAAGACUAACAGUGAUAACAGAUAAAGAAUAUGUCGGAGGUCAUUCGUGAUUUCAAACGGGUUUUCCGACUUCUUUAGCAUAUACAUAAGUGACAGUUUGGGCAAUCAGAGAUAUUCACUGCUGAAAAAAACGAGAAACGAUUAUGCAAAGUCAACUUUAUAACAGGGACAAUUUCACAUUAGUGCACUGUAUGUGGUCCUAUGAGACUGACAAGGUGAUAAUUGUUUGUAUAUAUAUAUAUAUCAUGGGAUGUCACUUUUCACAUUAUAUUGCCUGCGAUAAAUACCCAGAAAGGAAUCGCGAAAUUGCUGCACUCGCCGUCUCAUAUAAGACGAAAAUCUGACGAAAUACUAGAUUCAUGAUAAUCUCUGUUUCGGCCUGUGGAACCUGUUAUUCUGAAAUGUUCAUUUUGUCACAAUCAAACAUUGAGUUCAAGGGAGGGACUUCAACUGCAUGAGUUAUGUAGUAGCGAGCAUUAGGAUGAUGAUUCGGGAAAUACUUAGUAAGGUGUCUGCAAACUGAACAUUUAAGCCCGGUGGGCGGUCGGGAUGCUUUCACCUUUAGUUCUGAUCUUAAGCACUUUCUUUUGGCUGUAUCAAUUUGAGCUUGGGUAGUUAGUCCUACAUUACAAGUAUGGUGGGAAUUCUUGCGAAUAAGAUGCACUGUUGAUUUUUUUCAGUUUCGAAAUAAUGGCCAUUUCCCAGCUGUUUAAACUACAUGCACCUGGCGCGUCGUCAGCUUAGAGUUGACUAGCUGUCUGCAAUUUUUGUCGAAAAAAAUGUUUGAGGAACCUUUUCCGCGUCCUAUUGGCAAGAAUCUCUUCGUGCCGUUUGAAUAGGAAUAUAAGAAUUAUGUAUCUUUGACUUGUCUCUGAAGUUAUUUAAACCUUGUAAUCUUACGGGUGUUACUGUAGGGUUCUUUGGUGAAUAGACCCUCGCUGUCCAACCAUUCAGUAUAUAGGCCUAUUCCGUUUGUGAAUAUGUUGUAGGAUCUUCCAACGAAUAGGUGCAACUUGUCCAGUCACCCAGUGCAAUGUAGCUAUCAGUCGUUAUUUUGUGAUCCAGAUUCCUAUUAGUUUAUAAGAUGGUAAACCAGAGAGUCGUCCUUCUAUAACUAACAUGUAUUGUCUUUUGUCUUGUUGAUAUCUGUACAAAACCAAACGUAACUUGAGAGUCACAUUCAAGUUGGUAUCUCGUUCGCUGUGUCAGUCAGUCAGAUCCAGAUUCAUGCUGAAUCCCGCCAUUUAUUACCACUGGAGGAAUUUAGAACGAAUUUGGUUCCAAACAGUAUAGUCUUGAUUUUCUAUUUACAGUGUAGCAGUUGCGUGUAAUGCCCCAGUUUUCCCCAUAAUCUAUUCAUGUAUACAUUACUCUUGCUACAAAGUAAACUUUGGGGCAACUAGAAAUAAGAGGUAUCUUAUACAAGGCUGAUUCUUGAAAAGCACGGGUUAAUACGAUUUACUGGUGAAUAGCUGGGUACGAUCGCUCACUGCCAGUUGAUUGUUGUGUAAUAGCCGCAUUGAGUCGGGUGGCUUGCAUAACACAUCGGUAGGCCAGGCCCCUUAAUGGCUUUUGAAGACAGUUUAUACACUUCCUGCAUGUAGUGCAGUACAGACAGAUUUCGGGAAUUAGUUUUGAAAUAUGAUGUUUUUACUCUAUACACAUGACGGACAGAAUGGGUUGUUUGCGCCAAAGUGGAUGCAAUGAUCUCCGAUAGCAGAAUGCCGCCCGAUUUCAUUUCAGUGUUGUUACUCGUCUGAGGUAUGAUGUGACACAAGUCGUGAGUUGUAUUAUUCAUUGUGAUAUUGAGGCCAGGCUUCAUGAGGUUCAGUGCAUGCUUGUCAAUUUCCUAGACAGAAAUUUGGUUGAUAAGACAUUUAGUUCAAUUAUCGGAAACGUCCACUAGGUGGCUACGAUGUCAGGAAACAAACAUGACGAAGUAACCUUGGUUUUGCCCUUGGUAUUCAAUAUUGGCAGAGACUUAUCUUUUAUCUUCCUUGAGCUUUACAUCUAGGUACAGAGGCUUUGGCUGAAGUAUAAGUAUUGAACAAUUAACUUGAAUGGAGCGCUGGGGUGGGUUAUGAGAGUUUCACAACAUUUCGAAUAGCUGUUGGCCUGUAUGUUCAUGUUGAAACUUGUCUGUCGACUAGGAGUUUGUCACAGUCCGAGCUGCCACUAUAUUUGGCCCUCAUCAGAACUAACAUUAUAUUGUCUUGCACACCAAAGAAACAGAGAAAUAUCAAGAAGUGGCGUGAACUCCUUGAUAGCAGAGAAGCCCCUCGCACUAUCUACUCGACCUGAUAAGAUUAGAGAAUGCACUGUCAUGUCUAUUUGCACCAAUGACUCAUACAAAUAUCUAGAUGAAAUAGAAACACUGUCAUCGUUUCGUCAAGAGAAUAGAUUUUUUGUGAUUUUGGUCCAAUCGUGCCCCCUGUUGGUAGCAUACUCCUCAUGAAAUGUACUGUACUGGUGGGGUGCGUGACGUCAUACUGUAGUCGUCCUCGUUCGCUCUCGAGUGUGUCGAGUGUAUUGUGCGUUUACUCAUACAAUGUGAAUUGAUACUUAUGUAUUACGGAAUAUAGGGGCGGAUUUCUUUGUGUAGACUUCAAAUUUACGUCCUGGGUAAUGCUUAUCGACUACUUUUUAUACCUUAUGAGUUUUUACAAUGUAAAUGUAUCUUUUCCUGCAUUCUAUUGUACAUUGUGUAUGAAUAUGAUGAUAAAAUGCCUGCUGUACACGCCUGUGCCGCGUCGAUCCUGAUGUAUGUCAGUCUGGAUGGAAACUCUCCCAUGAGAAUGACGCCCGUAUGGAUAAUUUGUUUUUGCUAUUGUCACUAUAUGGUAUUCAUUUUUGCCAGACUUUUGGGAGGUAUGGGAGAAGUCAGAAAUUCAUAAUGUUGGUAAAUAGAUUUCGAAUACUUUGCUGUUAUGGCAAUCAUAAGAGACAGUACAUAAUUUCACUCGACGGUGUUGGUUGGAAGGAUCAGUAAGUAACAAAUCACGCCUUCCAAUAUGGGAGAGUUUCGUAGCCCAUGGGCGUAUAUCCGGAUGGGUACCGGCACACUCGCACCGUAUAAUGAGGUAUUAUGAAUUCAGUAUUGACCAAGCACAGCAGGAAGAUGCAACAGAAUCUCAUAAAAUGUCUCUCCUCACAGGGUCAAAUAUGUCGCUGCAAAUUAUGUAUAUUAGCUGAUUGAAUUGGAUCGUGAAGUUCAAGCAUUAUACCUGCUGUUAUGAUUGGUUGUCUGCCAUGAUGCACGCCUUUCACGGUCCUUGAUUGAUUAUACACAUUAAUAUGUCUGCUCGAAUCAUCCAAAGAAUCUUUUGUUGCCAGAAGUCAGUAUUUUUUGUUCUUCGUAGGGGGUGGGAGAGGGGGUCUCUCAUGGCAUCAAGAAAUAUUGAGUUGACCCCUUUCAAUCGUUUACAACCAACAGGCUUUCGAUAAGCUUGAUAUUGUCCAAUUGCUGCAUCGAUAAAAUAAAUGGAAGUCAUUUUUUCGUGGCGCCAUGGGCCUCAUUCAAUAGCACUGGCAAAUUAAAUAAUGAUGUAAAACUAACUUCUUGUUUGAUAGUCCUCUGGUCAGGAAAGCAAACUGGUGAACAAUGUAGAUGUCCGCAUAUGAUUGUAAAUACAUGUAGUACACUUUCCUGCUUUGUAGCUGAGAGCACGUACUGAAAGGGAAAUGGCUGAUAUUGAGGCAUUUGUCGUAAUGGCAGCCAAUCUGGGGCAGAGUCAGUAUACAGAGCAGGUAAAUCAAGGCAACUGUUACUGAUGGCGAGGCUUGAAGCUUACCCUUGGACCAGGAUGCGUAGACGCAAAACUUGUUAUACAGUGUUGGUCAUUUUCCCUUCCGAGUUGCUCUCUCAUCAACAGAAUAGGAAUGGUAUUUCUUUCCGACAUUAUUUUUUACAGAGAUACAAGCAGUCAGUGAGAGAAAUAUGUACAUUUUGUUCAAGGAUCAAAAUAAAUGGUUUGCAAAUGA